CCCGCGCAGCCCCGGUGCGGCAUCUCACGUGGCUCCUGUAGCGCUUCGCCAGUCUUCGGUCAGGACGGUGAUGAAAUCAAAUGUUUGGAAUUCCUCCAUCUUAAUCCACCUUCACCCACUAUACAGCUGCUGAAGUUCACAACACAGAGCCAUUGUGGUUCUCCAUUCAGCAUCUACAGUGGUCUCCCACGGCAUGUGUGGGACCCUGAUAGGGCCACUGUUAUGAUUGUGCCUGGGAAAAGACCAGCUACAGUUCAGCCCAGCUGGGUGAGGACUAUGGCCCAGGAGCUGCUAGCUAGAGGCCAAGAGAAUGUACUUGCUGUGGACUGGCUCAUCCUACCUGACAUGAAACUGACCGAAGCAGCUGAGCAGAUCGGGAAAAAGUUAUCUCAAAUCAUCCAGCGACUCCUGAUUAUAGGGUCAGCCCCAGAUAUGUUUCAUUUAAUUGGCUUUGGAGUUGGAGCACACAUUGCAGGCACAGCUGGCUACAACCUGGAUGGAACUAUUGGAAGGAUAACAGGCCUCGAUCCUUUUGCAUCUGUGUUCUCAGAAGCAAACAAUUCCGUCUAUCUAGAUUACAAAGAUGGACAGUAUGUCGAUGUGAUCCAUAGUAACUUCAACUCUACUGAGCCUAUGCCUGCCCUUGGUUUCUCCAGCCCUCUUGGCCAUGUUGAUUUCUACAUUGGCACUGGAUUUCAGUUACCUGGCUGUGCCAGAGGUCUCUUUAACAGGGAAAAAUACCUGCUGUGCAGCCAUCAUCGUGCUCACCAGAUUUAUACCAGCUCCAUCCGGGCAUCCUGUCAUCAUUUAGCCUUCCCCUGCCAGUCAGUAGCAGAUUUCCAGCAAGCAAAGUGUACACUCUGCUCUUCGCCUGGUCUUAAUUCCUGCCCAGAAAUGGGCUAUGACAUCACUUGGCUGCCUUCCAGUCGUCCACUUGCAUUUCAACCCAUGGCUGCAUUCUUGACCAUUACAUCUGCUCCCCCUUACUGCGUCACUCCUCUCUUGUUGGAGCUGAAUCUUGGAGGGAUUCUCUCAGUAGAGGCCAAGCUCUACAUCCAGCUUAUAGGGAAUGCUGUCAAGACAUCAACCAUGUUGGUGUCAGGGCAUCAUAUGACAGAGUUUGUUGCAAACAAGGUCUAUCAGUUCAUGAUAUCAGCAGACAGUGAUGGUGAUUUUCAUACCCUUUCACUCGAGUUCAGCACUCAGAGGUUGCUUUACCUCGAGAUGAGAAAAAGGAGGAUUUCAAUUCAUCAUCUUUUGCUGUCCUACCUGCCCAAAGGCAGAAGGAUUGCUUACCGAGCAUGGAAUAUAACAGCAGUAGAAAACCAAAGAGUUGAAGUGGUCCUAGAGAAGAUUUGGGUGUAGCAAGACUGAGACCAAAUGUUGCAUUACCUUUUGUGUUUUUAUUUCUAUUUAUUUGCCUAACUUUGCACAACUGUUUUCAAAUACUGGUUCCAAAUUUGCACCUCUCUGUAUUUACUGUUCAAAACCAGUUCUGGACAGCCAUUCCAUGGAAGGGCACAUUUUUGUUUUUAAACAUCUAAUUAACCCUGAUUCUAGAGUAUCCCAUGCCCAGCAUGAUUUAGUCUUUUCCUUGUGCCCAGCAUAAACUUGUUAAUGAGCAAAUUAGUUGCAUCAGAUGUUUUGGGAGCAAGGAAAACAUUAAAAUGUACAGUCCAAGAGAUACUUCAGGACUAGGGCUGAUGUAAUUCGCUGAUCUAAUUCAAUUCAUGA